AGGUAUGCGGCGUCAAAUUGCUGACGACACUUGAAAUUCCCAAAAAAAAUCUCCCAAAAAGUAUUUAGGGUUUUGCAACGCAAGGGGGUCUACUCCUAAGAUCCCAACCCUCUCAUAAUUUAACUUUACUUUGUUUUAAUUUUGGCGUUUAACCUUGAAUUCUCUGAAGCGUUUCAAUUUGGGUUUUGCCUUCGUGUUAAGAUAUGAGUUUUUAGGGCUUUUGUUGUUCGGAUUGACAGUGAUUUCCAAUAUUGUGUUUUCUCUGUCGAGUAAUUCUUGUGUUUCAUGCGAGAUUGCUGCUUGCGUAUUGCUGGGCAAUAAUUUAACGCCCUAGAAAGUUUGGAUUUGUUUAGAGGGUAAUAAUUGGUAGGAAAUUUGGUUUCUUUUGGUUGAGUGUUACGUUAAAUUGUCUGAAAAAGUCUAGCUUUUUGGGUUUUAUUGCCUCGGAUUUAUUCAGAACUAAGUGAGAAGAUAUUGAUGGCUAACGCUGGCGAAGAAGAUGUGGAGUACGAGAGUGAUCCAGAAGAGGCCAAGAGAUCGCUGGCAAUGAGGAGGCGUGAAGCAAGUGAUGACGAGGAAGGUGAAGGAAACGGGAGAGACAAGAGGGUAGACCGUCGAGCCGGAAUCCAUACGGAUGAUUCAGAUGAUCAGGGUGGAGUGGCGGAGUAUGAUGAUGAAGAGGAUUUGGAUGGAGAUGAGGAAGAAGAGUUAGUAGAGCUUGAUGAAGAGGAAGUUGUUGAGGAAGGAGAUGACGUUGAAGACGAAGAGGUGUACGAGGAGAGGGAGGGAGAAGGAGGAUUCCAUGUUGCUGAUGUUGAGGGUUCAGCAGUUAUGGUCAAAGAAUCGGAUGGGGAUGUCCGAGCUCCUUCUGAAGCGGAGGUGCCUUCAGGGAACAGGGAUGAUGAGGGGAAAAAGGAGAAUGAACCAUUUGCAGUGCCCACAGCUGGAGCAUUCUACAUGCAUGACGACCGUUUCAGGGAUAAUGCCGGUGGUCGCCACAGGAGGAUACAUGGCGGAAGGAGACUGUGGGAGUCAAAAGAUGAUAAGAAAUGGGGGCAUGAUAAGUUUGAGGAAAUGACAUUGCAGGAAAGGCGCUAUGAAGAGGGCAGGAGAGUCUCUAAGGGUAACUUUCGAGGCCGUGGUAAAAAUCGAGUUGUUGAUCGUGGAGGAUUUGUUCGGGGGAGCAAGAAAGGAUAUAGUAAUAGUGGUAAUCAAAGUCAAUUGCCUAAGAGGGCUGUGCGAGGUAGAGGUUCCCGACGGUACGAACCCAUUAAUAAGAACAAUGGUUCAGCUUCUCAAUCACAAAAUAAACAAUCUGAGAAGUCUCUUGGGAAAAAUUCACAACUUAGUUCUGGGAGAACUUUGACACCUGCCCCCAGUGUGGAAUCUGACUCUGUGCCACUUAGGAAACAGUUGUUUGCAUCAAACUUGAAUUCUGCAUCUCCCCCUUUUUACCCGUCAGGUUCUUCUAUCAAGGAGAGUAAUCUGACAUCUAAAAGGGAUGUACAAGCUGGGAGCACAAGCAGGAAUGUUCGUACUGGUGUUAUAGAUGAUGGCUUUUCGGUUCAACAAAACAGUUCAUUGCUAAGGGGAAAGAAUGUUGCUGAUCCCAUCAGCACGGAUAAGCUUUAUAUUGAUGAAUCCGUCAGUUCAGCUGGUAAGUCUCUUAACAAUAUGCACAUUACAGCUUCUGGGGUUAAUUCUUCUCAGUCUUCUCAACCAAGGGCUCCUGGGAGGGCUGUAUCAAUUCCAGUGUCUAUGAAUUAUCAACCUGUGCCCUCCCAUAAUCAAAUAACCAAGGUUUCUUCAACACAACACCAUACUAUUCAUAGAAGUUCUACGGCAGGCCGAACUCAGUCUUCUCAGCAGGCUUCUACUCCACCAUUGAAUCAGCGACCUGGUAGUUCACAUACUUCCUCUCCUCCUAAAACAUCUGUGGCUGUUAAUUCAUCUGAUUCUGGAGACAUGGAUGCAACUUCAGAAUCUGGUAAAUUUAAAGGUGCAAUAGUUGGGAAGGGAAGGGGAGGUGCUCAGAGUAGUGGAAGAGGCUCUUUUGUUUAUGGUGGGGCACAGGUUAUGGGGGCUGCUGGAAAUAUGAGUGUUAGUCAUGGAGAUCAGAAUUUCCCAGCCACCCCUGCGUUCUUGCCAGUUAUGCAAUUUGGGGGACAGCAUCCUGGUGGUCUUGGGGUUCCUGCUGUUGGCAUGGCAUUCCCUGGAUAUGUUGCUCAACCUCAACUUGGCUUGGGAAACAAUGAAAUGACAUGGCUUCCAGUGUUGGCUGGUGCUGCGGGAGCAUUAGGUGCUGCGGGAGCAUUAGGUGCUACUUACUGUCCACCCUAUCUAGCUGUAGAUGGUGCUUAUCAUGCUCGACAACCAGGACAGACAUCUGCAUUGGGAACUCCAAGCAAAGAGAAUAAUGCAAAUAAAGCUAAUAACGAAUGGAACCCACCACAAAGGACUGAGGUUGUAAAUGAUGAGUUCGGGCAAAGACAGAAUAAGCCGCGCAGAUAUUCUGAGAUGAAUUUCGGCCAGUGAAUUAUUAUAUUUCUAUGUGAUGCUACUUGUUUGAAUAAGCAGAUAAAAGGCAUCCUUCAGGCCCUUUGUUCUUUAGCUUUUGUUCUGGAGUACUUUGGGCGGCAAUAGGUUUCAAGAUUUUUUUUAGUUAUAUAACGCCUGCUCACGCUGUAUUCCAUUAAAGAAGUUAGUACAGCUUGACGGGUGGCAGUUAAUUGUUAAUUGUGAGUUUUUCUUGCAGUUUGGUUUCUGAGUGAAGCUUGUGAGAAACAUAUGAAUGCAGGCUUUUCAAUAGGGCUAUGGGGGGAAAUAUGAUAUAAUGCGGCAGCUGAAUUCUUACAAAGUUACUCUAAUGACGGCUGUUAUUAAUGGAGAAUUAAAGAAAAUUAUAUGGAUCCUGAGAUAUCCUUGAUGUAUCUAGUCCUAUUUUCCUUUUUUACUAAGUGGGGGGUUUUUAUUUUCAUUCUGGUUUUAUUGUUGUGACUUGAGACAUUACUUGUUGGUUACACUUGACUUUUAUUAAUCAAAGGCGAAAGUAAUGGUAUUGACGUAUUAUUGUUA